AUGCUUUCAGGAUCCAGAACUGCUUUGAGAGCUUCUGCUCAAGCUUCCAAGCUUCGCCUGCAAUUGCAGUCCAGCAUCAGAGCCGCCUCGGCCUGGUCGCAAGUGCCACAGGGACCUCCCGAUGCCAUUCUUGGUAUCACCGAGGCCUUCAAGGCUGACAGCCACCCCGAGAAGAUCAACCUUGGUGUUGGCGCAUACCGUGACGACCAGGGCAAGCCCUACGUCCUUCCCUCGGUAAAGGAGGCCGAGCAAAGAGUCGUCAAGAAGAACCUUGACAAGGAAUAUGCUGGCAUUACUGGUGUACCCGACUUCACCAAGGCCGCCGCUGUCCUCGCAUACGGCCCCGACUCUGCACCUCUUAAGGAGGGCAGAAUCGUCAUCACCCAGUCCAUCUCUGGUACUGGUGCCCUCAGAAUCGGUGGUGCUUUCCUCGAGCGCUUCUACCCCGGCGACAAGACCAUCUACAUCCCCAACCCCAGUUGGGCCAACCACAAUGCUGUCUUCAAGGACUCGGGCCUCAAGGUCGAGAAGUACCGCUACUACAACAAGGACACCAUCGGUCUCGACUUCGAGGGUAUGGUCGAGGACAUCAAGAACAUGCCCAAGGGCAGCAUUGUCCUUCUCCACGCUUGCGCUCACAACCCCACUGGUGUCGACCCUACCGAGGAGCAGUGGCGCGCUUUGAGCGACGUUGUCAAGGAGAACGGCCACUACCCCUUCUUCGACAUGGCCUACCAAGGCUUCGCCAGUGGAAACACCGACCAGGAUGCCUUCCCCAUUCGCCACUUCAUCAAGGAGGGCCACAACAUCUCGCUCUGCCAGAGUUUCGCCAAGAACAUGGGUCUGUACGGUGAACGUGUCGGUGCCUUCUCCAUUGUCUGCGCCGAUGCCGACGAGAAGAAGCGUGUCGACUCCCAGAUCAAGAUCCUGGUCCGCCCUCUUUACUCCAACCCUCCCGUCCACGGUGCCCGUGUCGCGUCCACCAUCUUGAACGACCCCGAGCUCAACAAGCAAUGGUUGGGUGAGGUCAAGGGUAUGGCUGACCGUAUCAUCACCAUGCGUGCUCUCCUCAAGGAGAACCUCGAGAAGCUCGGCAGCAAGCACGACUGGAGCCACAUCACCAGCCAAAUCGGCAUGUUCGCCUACACCGGUCUCAAGCCUGAGCAGAUGGAUGCUCUGGCCAAGGAGCACAGCGUCUACGCCACCAAGGACGGUAGAAUUUCUGUGGCUGGUAUCACUUCUGCCAACGUCAAGCGUCUUGCCGAGUCCAUCUUCAAGGUUACCGGGUAG